GACACGCACGUUCACUUAACGCGCACGCCUUAUGAAACAUCCCAUCUCUGUUGCUUUUAAUUUCACGUUUUGUAACCCCCUCUCUAUCUCCAAGUCCUGCCUGGCGUCUCCAAGUGCAUCUCUGCUGUCAGUGGAUUCCGGGCAGGCUUCAUUAGUCGUCACAGGGAGGCAGCGCCGUGACUCAUGCCUGCGUAAAGAGACCAAUGGGCAGCCUCAACCCCACAUAUAAAUAACGAAUAAAAGAUAUUCUUGAGAGACGAAAGGGUCAACGUGCGCACGCCUGGAUGGGAUUAUUUUAGUGCGCUCCGUCAAUGGACUGCUUCUUGUCGUGCACAUUAUUCAGUUAGUGCGUGGAGUCGAUAACCUGUGCGCCUGUGAGCCGACCCGCAGCCUCUCUCACCGCUGCGUCGCUCUGUUUGCAGUGAACUGUCACCAGAUAACGGAGAAGCGAUGGCGACGUCUGAACCCAAAACCACCGAGGCGGACCAAGACCCCAACUCGGAUAAUUUGAGACCCCCGUCUGGAACCAACGAAUAUGCAUGGAUGCACGGAUGCACACGGAAACUGGGGAUGAAGAUCUGCGGUUUCCUGCAGAAGAACAACAGCCUGGAGGAGAGAGGGCGGCUCGCGGGCCAGAAGAACCUGCUCUCGUGCGACAACAGCGACAGAGACGCGCGCUUCCGCCGCACGGAGACCGACUUCUCCAACCUGUUCGCCCGAGACCUUCUGCCAGCAAAAAAUGGAGAGGAGCCCACCUUACAGUUUUUGCUGGAGGUUGUUGACAUCCUCACAAACUACAUCAAGAAAACCUUUGACCGCUCCACCAAGGUCCUGGAUUUCCACCACCCUCACCAGCUGCUGGAGGGCAUGGAGGGUUUCAACCUGGAGCUGUCUGAUCAGCCCGAGUCCCUGGAGCAGAUCCUGGUGGACUGCAGGGACACGCUCAAAUACGGCGUCCGCACUGGCCACCCACGGUUCUUCAACCAGCUAUCUUCUGGUUUGGACAUCAUUGGUCUUGCAGGAGAGUGGCUCACUUCUACUGCGAACACCAACAUGUUCACCUAUGAGAUCGCUCCGGUGUUUGUGUUGAUGGAGCAGCUGACUCUGAAGAAGAUGAGAGAGAUGAUAGGCUGGCCAGGCGGAGAAGGAGACGGCCUCUUUUCCCCAGGGGGCGCUAUCUCCAACAUGUACAGUGUGAUGAUCGCUCGCUACAAGUACUUCCCUGAGGUCAAGACUAAGGGCAUGUCUGUUGCUCCUCGCCUCGUCCUUUUUACAUCUGAACACAGCCACUACUCCAUAAAAAAGGCCGGAGCUGCUCUUGGCUUUGGGGCUGAAAACGUGAUCCUGCUGAGCACAGACGAAAGAGGGAGAGUCAUACCUGCAGACCUAGAGGCUAAAAUCAUUGAUGCAAAACAGAAGGGUUGUGUGCCGUUGUUUGUGAAUGCCACAGCUGGUUCCACUGUCUACGGUGCAUUUGAUCCCAUCAACGAAAUUGCUGACAUCUGUGAGAAGUACAACUUAUGGCUCCAUGUUGAUGGUGCCUGGGGCGGUGGACUUCUGAUGUCUAGGAAGCAUCGCCAUAAGCUAAGCGGAGUUGAGAGGGCCAACUCUGUCACAUGGAACCCCCACAAGAUGAUGGGCGUCCCCUUACAGUGUUCUGCAAUCCUAGUCAGAGAGAAGGGAAUCCUAGCCGGCUGUAACUCCAUGUGCGCCGGCUACCUCUUCCAACCAGACAAACAGUAUGACGUCACCUACGACACAGGCGACAAGGCCAUCCAGUGCGGGCGGCACGUUGACAUCUUUAAGUUCUGGCUCAUGUGGAAAGCCAAGGGCACUGUUGGCUUUGAGCAGCACAUUGACAAGUGUUUGGACCUAUCUCAGUACCUGUACAACAAGAUCAAGAACAGGGAGGGCUUUCAGAUGGUGUUUGAUGGAGUGCCUCAGCACACAAACGUUUGCUUCUGGUACGUUCCACCAAGCCUGAGAGGAAUGCCCGACAGUGAAGAGCGGCGAGAAAAACUCCACAGGGUGGCGCCAAAGAUCAAGGCCAUGAUGAUGGAGUCGGGGACCACCAUGGUGGGCUACCAACCCCAGGGCAAUAAAGUCAACUUUUUCCGCAUGGUUGUGUCCAACGCCGCUGCCACCCAGUCCGACAUCGACUUCCUCAUCGAUGAGAUUGAGAGGCUCGGUCAAGACCUGUAGUUCUUUGUUAAUCAGACAGCAAACUGGGGAUUCAUGCCUCGAGUCUAAAAAGUAAAAAAAAAAAGCCAGUCAGGUGAAACAUUAGCAGUGCUCCAGAAAGAGAAAUGAUAUAGUCUGGUUUUGGUUCUUUUCAUCCAGUAGUCGUUUCCCUGAAGCGUCCUAAAUGUUUCAGCAACUGAUGAGAAACAAGUAAUGAGGCUCACAGGUCCCCAUAGUAGACAAAAUAAAUCAGCUGCAUCUGAGUUCUCCAGGUACACAAAGUGUAACUAAAUAUACCUGAUCUGUGUGUGAUGUGGAGUCUUUUAAUAUCUAUAUGUGAACGUGUUAUUACGGCUCUUGUUCAGAGACAUUGGUCUUUUCCAGUUGCGUGUGUGUGUGUGCGGGUGUGUGUGUGUGUGUGUGCGGGUGACUGUGUGAGUGUGUGUGAAGACUGUAAAUAACAGAAAUGGGGCAAAAAAGCACAAAACAAUAUGCUUAAGUAUCAUGACAUAGUUUUGCUGUAAUCACACAUUUGCUACUCAAACUGGACUCAUGGAUGCUUCAUGAUGUAUAUAUGCAGUUAAUAUUUCAUUUGUGUGCACCAGCAUAUUUGCCUUGAACUCCGAAGGCAGCGUGUGUGCAGGUGUCUUCUUGUGUUACAUAUUAAAGGCUAAGACACUAAAGCUAAAGCAGAAGAUUUUACACCCUGCAGUCUGCAGUAUCUACCCCUCAUGAGGACGAGUUGUAAGGCGAAGCAGGCGUCAUGAUCUUGUGAAAAAGCUUUGCUUUGUUUAACGCUGGCUCGCUUGUUCCGUGCAUUCACGCAAUACCCAUCAGUGAGUAUAAACAUUGAUAGUAAAAGGAAUAUUUGCUUGAAUAAGAAUACAUUUAUUUCAGUUCCACUGUUGGCAGAUUCAGCUAUUUUUAACAGUAGAGUUGUCUUUAUCUAUUACACAUUGCUACAUUUGUAAAAGUAAGCAUCGGACUAAAGUAAAAUUUAUUUAUAUUGAUGUUGUCUGCCAAAGAAAGAGAACCAGGACCAGAGCAAUCGAUUUCGUUUGUGUGCAACUUCCUAGAUUCUAGAUGUUUGUAAAAGGCUAUUUGUUGACCUUAAGGCACAAUGCAAUUUCUACUUCUUGUUUAUUUCUGCGAAUGAGUCUUUUUUUUCCUGAAUGUUCUGAGAUGAAGGAUUGGCCUUUUGAUGAGAUUCAGAAUGAAUAUUUCUAUAAAAUCUUCUGGCUGUGGUGCCAGUCUUAUUUUAGAAAGAAGCACAAGGAUGUGAGAAUGUACUCUGGAAACUGGGACGAAAGUUAUGCAUCUGUUUGAACCCUAAUGCAUUUAUUGUAGUAUAGUGUAUUCACUGUAAUACAUAUUACUGUUAUUCUCAGUGUUACAGGGGCCAAGUGAAAUAUCUUGUAGGAGGGUUGCUGUUCUUGUCUUUGCACAAUCUUCACCUUUCUUUCUUCCAUUGUAAAUGGAUGUGUAAUGUAUAAGAUAUAUGUUAACGGUAUAUUUAUGGUCAUUAAGGACCAUAUGUGAACAGCACAACUGCAUAUAUAAUAGUUAAGGUUAUCUGUGUACUGGAUGUUACCAAUGACUCUUGUAUGUGGCCAGUCUGAAUUUUAAUGAAGCCAACUACAAGGGAAUGUUUCCCUUAAGGUACUCAGAAGGCACUUUAGCAAAAAUUAAACUGUUAUGAAAAA